AGAAAGCCAAAGAUCCAGUACUGAAGCAGCUGUACAAGAAGGUCAUUGCGCCGCACAAAGAAUCAACCCCAUCCUCAAGUCUGGAAGGGCUGCUUCGCGUGUGCAAUGACACGCAUUACGCGUUCAUGUAUUCGAUAGACUCAAUUGACAAGUACUCAGCCGACGUGACGUGUCAACUAACGGCGGUGCCGAAUGCCAAGAUACAGACGAUGAAAAGCAUGGCGACUGUUAAGAGGAGCCCGUACCUCGGCCUGUUCAGACACACAACGCGCAAACUGCAAGAGAGCGGCAUUGCCAAGAAACUUCUCGUUCACUCCUCCACGAAGCUGCCUAAAAUUGAUGUCCCCCUUGUCAUUGUGGCCUUUGAAAGCGUGGUACCCACUUUGUACGUCCUUAUAAUAGGAACAAUUGCUGCCAUCACCAUUGCCAACAUGUUCUUUACCAUAAAAACGAGGCCAAAUACGAGUGAGAAAGAAAUGAAGAAUAAGACACCACAACGUUUGUCCGGAUAG